AUGAACUUACUGCAGUUCAACGACGUUGGACCUGAAAUCAAACGUCUAAAGAGUAGAAUGGUUAAUAAAAAGACAACGGGAGUCCUUGUCUAUGAGCAAUUAAACGUCGAUUUUGAGAUCGAGAACACCUUAGAAAGAAAGAAUUGGGUAGAAAGAAGAAUUUCUAGUAACGAGAAUAGUUGA